AUGAAUAAUAACAUUGUAGAUUAUAAAAGUUUUCUAUCCAAGAAAGGAUUAAAAAGAGAUCCACUACCUGAAAAAUUAGAAAUGACAUACCAACUUAAAGAUGGUUGGGUUAUUUUUGGAGCCGGAAUUCCCAAUCCUUGUUUCUACCCUUUCUCUUCAAUGGAUCUAAUUUUAAAUGAUGAUUGUAAUAGUAAAAUAUCAUUGGAUCCAAAAGAACUAGCUAUAUCACAAAACUAUUCCCAAGGUUUUGGAUAUCCUGGUUUACUAGAGGUUCUAGUUUACUUUCAAAUCCGAACACAUAAUUUGAAAAAUUUCGAAAACAAUUAUGGAAUAUGUUUAACCAAUGGUGCUCAGCAUGGAAUAUCAGUUGUUCUGGAGAAUCUAUUGGACGAAGGGGAUUCAAUAAUACUUGAAGAACCAACAUAUGGUGGAUUAUUUGGGGUGACUUUUGCUAGAAAUAUAAAUUUAGUUGGUUUAGGAAUGGAUGAUGAAGGAAUUUUAAUAGAUGAACUAAAAUCUACUUUGUCCAAUUGGAAUAUAAAAGAAAAACCAUUUCCUAAACUACUAUAUUUAAUUCCUACAGGUCAGAAUCCUACAGGAAUAAUAUAUAGUAAUAAAAGAAAAAGAGAUAUCUUGGAAGUGGCGAGAAGCUAUAACUUAUUAAUAGUCGAAGAUGAUCCUCACUAUUUCCUUCAAUUUGGUAAUGAUGAAGAUUCAGCUUUGGACAAACUACCCUUGGAGCCAUCAUUUCUUUCAAUGGAUACAGAUGGUAGAGUUAUUAGGUUGGAUACAUUUAGUAAAAUAUUAGCUGGUGGAAUUAGAUUUGGAUUUAUUACUUCUCAUCCAUUUCUAAAUGCGAGAUUCAGAGAGGAAGUUAACGGGACAAUGUUUCACAUCAAUGGAAUUUCACAGCUUAUGAUGAUGAAACUUUUAGAGAAAUGGGGUGAUGAUGGGUGGAAUAAACAUAUUCGAAUGGCACAACGAUUUUUAAAAUACAAAAGAGAUUCAAUGAAAGAGAUACUCGAUAAACAUCUUGGAGAUCUUGUUCAAUACAGAGUACCAGAUGCUGGAAUGUACUUUUGGUUGAAAUUUCCAGACAUAGAUGACACUUUUGAUUUUAUUUUUAAAUAUAUGGUUGACUUGAAAGUGUUGUUUGGAGCAGGUUCUGGAUAUUCUUGUUAUCAAUCACAAAAACAAUAUGUACGUGCAUGUUUCAGCCAUAUCCCAGUUGAUUUAAUAGAUAAAUCAAUAGAAAAGUUUUCUCAAACUUUAAAAAUGGUACUCGAGCAAAUAAACUUUUAUUAA